UUGGUCGAUCAGUUUGACGAUGAGUUGGUCGAUCAGUUGGUCGAUCAGUUGGUCGAUCAGUUGGACGAUCAGUUGGUCGAUCAGUUGGUCGACCAGUUGGACGAUCAGUUGGUCGACCAGUUGGACGAUCAGUUGGUCGACCAGUUGGUCGACCAGUUGGACGAUCAAUUGGUCGAUCAGUUGGACGAUCAGUUGGUCGAUCAGUUGGACGACCAGUUGGACGAUCAGUUGGUCGACCAGUUGGACGAUCAGUUGGUCGAUCAGUUGGACGAUCAGUUGGUCGACCAGUUGGUCGAUCAGUUGGACGAUCAGUUGGUCGAUCAGUUGGUCGAUCAGUUGGUCAAUCAGUUGGUCGAUCAGUUGGACGAUCAGUUGCCCAACCAGUUGCCCGACUAG